AUGAAGACAUUAAGCUCCAGGCUCUCAAUAUCUGCCAGGCGGCUGUACUCAACGUCAACGCCAGUUCCCAAGGCAGCCCCACCUUUCCCGAACCCCAAUAAGCGCGACUUGAAAGACCUUACGACCUCCGAUCUUUGCCUCUACUGGGACACAAAACCGCCCACCGCCGAACAACUAGGAUUUGCAAACAAGCUAUUCACACCAUCGCGCCACUCUCCAUUGAAGCUAUGGUCUGCAGCCAAGUUCCGCACGACGCCAAUGUCAUCUCUUGAACCCGAAGUCGCAUUUCUGGGCCGUUCGAAUGUCGGCAAGAGCUCGUUGUUGAAUGCGAUUAUGGGACAGGAGAUUUGUUGGACGUCUUCGAAACCGGGUCGCACAAGGGAGAUGAAUGCCUUUGGAAUCGGGGGAACAAAGGGCGGAGAGCACAAAGUUGUGCUUUUGGAUAUGCCAGGUUAUGGAAAAGCCAGUCGGUCAGAAUGGGGGUCAGAGAUCAUGAAGUAUCUCAAGGGACGCAAGCAACUUCGUCGAGCUUUCAUACUCAUAGACAGUGAACAUGGCAUCAAGCCAAACGACGCCUAUAUUCUCGGUCUCUUCCGACGCUACGCAAUUCCUCACCAGAUUGUCCUCUCUAAAGUGGAUAAGGUUCUCGGCAAGAAGCAAAAGCAAGUCAAAACCGGUGUGUCUACCAUCGGUCUCCAGCGUCUUCAAGAAAUGCUUCAUCGUUUGCGCGAGGCCGUCCAACCGGAUAUCCGUGUUUCCGAAGGACCUGGCGCUCUAGGAGAGCUCAUAACCUGCAGUGCAGAUAUCAAAAUUGGACCCGGCCGUGUGCUAGGUGUUGAUGCCGUGCGCUGGGCGAUCUUGUCAGCGGCUGGUAUUGAUGGAAGCUUAGAGGGCGGGACCCUCGCUCCUGAGAAGAUGUCUGCUGCUUCUACUGCCUUGGCCUGA